AUUCCGCACCUAUAAAACCUUGCCCUAAAUCGAACUCCCUCUCCCUCCCUCUUUCGUCUCUUUCAAGCCUCCAGAGCAGAAAGCGAGAUGGGCAGCUCAGCCAACGGCGUCGCCGGCGACCGCGCGGCCAGCAGUCACGGCGGCGCCGUCGUCGAUAAGGGCGUCGACUUUGCGAACUAUUUCUGCACGUAUGGUUUUCUCUAUCAUCAGAAGGAGAUGCUCUGCGACAGGGUUCGCAUGGACGCUUACUACAGCGCCGUUUUUGAGAACAAACACCACUUCCUUGGAAAGACCGUGUUGGAUGUAGGAACGGGGAGUGGCAUUCUGGCAAUCUGGUCUGCACAAGCUGGUGCGAGGAAGGUUUAUGCGGUGGAAGCAACUAAGAUGUCAUUACAUGCCCGCGAACUCGCUAAAGCAAAUAAUGUCGAAGACGUGGUUGAAGUGAUUGAGGGUUCUAUUGAGGAUGUUUUACUGCCCGAAAAAGUUGAUGUUAUCAUCUCAGAGUGGAUGGGAUAUUUUCUUUUACGCGAGUCUAUGUUUGAUUCUGUGAUCUGUGCGCGUGAUCGCUGGCUCAAGCCACAUGGAGUUAUGUAUCCUAGCCAUGCUCGCAUGUGGGUGGCACCUAUCAGGUCUGGAUUGGUAGAGCAAAAAAUGAGGGACUAUAAAGCAUCUAUGGAUGAUUGGCAUUAUUUUCUUGAUGAGACAAAAACAUACUAUGGUGUUGAUAUGGACACACUAACAAAACCUUUCUCCGAAGAGCAGAGAAAAUACUAUCUACAGACAUCAUUGUGGAGCAAUCUUCAUCCACAUCAAAUUAUAGGGACGGCUGCUGUUAUCAAGGAGGUUGAUUGUUCUAAGGCAACUGUGAAUGACAUCCAAAUGGUCAGAUCAAACUUUUUGUCUUCAGUCACUAUGGAGAAUACAAGAUUCUGUGGUUUUGCUGGCUGGUUUGAUGUCCACUUUCAAGGAAGCUUGGAUAAUCCUGCUGAAAAAGUGAUUGAGUUGACAACUGCUCCUAGCAUAGAUAACGGCACUCAUUGGGGCCAACAGGUGUUCCUCUUUCAUCCCCCCAUCCAUGUUACUGAAGGGGACCAAAUGAGUGCAUCUUUCUCAAUGAAUCGAUCAAAAGAAAAUCACCGAUUGUUGGAGGUUGAGUUUGGCUGUGAGAUUAGGCAGCCUUCUGGCAAGACGCUUCUCCCAUUUAACAAGAAAUUUUACAUAGAGUGAAGGGGGAAAUGGAUUACAUAUUUUGAUUCAGCACUAACACAGUGCAUUACAGAGACUUGUGAGACGGGAUCGGAGGGGCUGCUGUCUCAGACACGGUCAAUUUCAAGCGUAUGGUAGUGAUUUGCAAUCAUGAAAAUCACCUAAGGUGCAAUGUGUUGAUGCCACUUCGAUGAAUCAUAUUGACUCUUGUCUCUGGAGAUCUUCAGCUAUUUUCCCCCUUGGAGUGAAGCUGUGCUGUUGUGUUUUGAUGUUUUAUUUGCUGUGAUUAAUUUCAAGUCGGCAAGAAAUUUGCUUUAACACUUAGUGCUGUUUUAUUGAAGUAAGAUUUUUUGUUUUUUGUUUUUUCAUGGCUUCAAAUGCAUUGCAUUCUGUAUCUAAUCCAGACCCUAAACUCCACCCCACAAAAAAAGAAAGCAAGAGGAAGAAGUGCUGCAUGCAGAUGGUACAAA